AUGACUGCGGCAACACAACCCCAACCCAAGGACUGGUCAGAGCUUCCAGAGGAUUUGGUUGUUAUGAUCAACGAAAGGAACUCUGCCCUUGCAAGAACCCGCCAUCACCACCCUGUCCCAUCUCGGCCGCAUCAGUAUUUUCCCUUCUUGUUUCUACCUUAUGAGGAUGAUAAGGAUAACAGGGAUAACCACCUUAAUGGUCUUCCAAGCAAGGAGUUUAGAAGAAUGUACUGUCCUGGAUCCUCUCAUGGUUGGCUGGUUGUGGUAGAGGAGAAUACUUCUUCCAUGUAUCUCAUCAACCCUUUCACCAGAGCUCAACUCCCCCUUCCACCCAUGUCCAAGGUCCGUAUUUUAGUUGGUAAAGAAAAAGUCCAUUGUAAUUUUGAACUAGGCAACCCCAGCUACUCAAGGGUGAGAAAGGUUGUCUUAUCGUCAAGUCCUUCUUCUUCUUCUUCCAAUGUUGUUGCCAUAGCCAUCUAUGGUGGAUUUUCAGAAAUAGGCUUCUCUAAACCUGGAGACAAGGCAUGGACUCGUUUCGGCGAUUUUCCAGUCAUGGAUGUCUUAUUCUACAGGAACCAUAUCUAUGCAGUAAGAAAGAGCUGCAGCCGGGAGAUCGACAUAGAGAUCUUAGUAUAUCACAUGGGCGCAGACAUUACUGCUGCUGGUGGUGGUGGUGGUGGUCCUGUUCCAAAGCUUGUAGAUAUCAUAAAACCACCAGAGGGAUAUCAAACUAGGUGGAGGCCUUAUCUGGUGGUAUCAUGUGGUGACUUGUUAAUAAUUGAGAGGGAUGUAUUAACUCUACUUAAUGAUAAACAGUUCGAUGUUAAAACAGUCGGCUUCAGGGUUUUUAAGUUGUGUCGUCUGAGAAACAGUAGUGAUGACAAUAAUAAAACUUCAUCAUCAACUGCUUGGGAGCAGAUAAAGAACUUAGGUGACAGAAUGUUGUUCUUGGGAGUGAAUUCCUCUCUGUCACUUUCAUCGCAUGAUUUCCCUCCUGGUUCCUGUAGAGGAAAUUGCAUCUAUUUCACCCAUCGUCAUGAUUGUGUAAACAUAAAACAAGGUUGGGGUUAUGAUGAUAUGGCGAAAUUCGAUAUGGGUAUAUUCAACUUGGAAGAUAAACACAUUGAGCCAUUUCCAUUGGAAUCUUCUUUUACUGGAAACUCCCUCACAAGACUUUGCCCUCCACCAAUUUGGCUCACUCCCAGCACAAUCUAA